AUGGAAGAGGCUUUCCUACUCAAUCAAACUUCUGUAGUAACAUAUUUUCAACUUAGUGGUUUAUCUUUAAAUCAGAAGGUACAGAUGGCAGUGUUUUCCAUAUUCCUCAUGUUUUAUGUUUUGACACUGAUUGGAAACAUCCUCAUUGUCAUAACGAUCAUCUAUGACCGCCGGCUCCAUACUCCCAUGUAUUUCUUCCUCAGCAAUCUGUCCUUCAUUGAUGUCUGCCACUCCACUGUCACUGUCCCCAAGAUGCUGAAAGAUACCUGGUCAGCAGAGAAGCUCAUCUCCUUUGAUGCUUGUGUGACCCAGAUGUUCUUCCUGCACCUUUUUGCCUGCACAGAGAUCUUCCUUCUCACUGUCAUGGCCUAUGAUCGGUAUGUGGCCAUUUGUAAACCCCUGCAGUACAUGACAGUGAUGAACUGGAAGGUAUGUGUGCUGCUGGCUGUGGCCCUCUGGACAGGGGGCACCAUCCACUCCAUAGCCUUGACCUCCCUCAUCAUCAAACUGCCCUACUGCGGUCCUGAUGAGAUUGACAACUUCUUCUGUGACAUACCUCAGCUGGUCAAACUGGCCUGCACUGACACUCGCAUCAUUGAGAUCCUCAUAGUCUCCAACAGUGGGCUGAUCUCUGUGGUCUGUUUUGUGGUCCUUGUCAUUUCCUACGCUGUCAUCCUGGUGAGUCUGAGGCAGCAGAUCUCCGAGGGCAGGCGGAAGGCCCUGUCCACCUGUGCAGCCCACCUCACCGUGGUCACACUGUUCCUGGGACACUGCAUCUUCAUCUAUUCCCGCCCGUCCACUAGCCUCCCAGAGGACAAGGUGGUGUCUGUGUUUUUCACUGCUGUCACCCCUUUGCUGAACCCCAUCAUCUACACUCUUAGGAAUGAAGAUAUGAAGAAUGCCUUGAACAAGUUGAUGGGCAGGAAGGAGAAGAAAAACAAAAAAUUAAAAAGUAUAGGCCAUUAG